AUUACAUCUGCCUCUAGUGGGCGGGGCUUAGAGCAGCCUUUCAGACGCUGUAUCAGAGCUGUCAGAUGUAACAGUUAGCCGUUUGAGCUCAUUUAUACCUUAAAGACCUCAGGAACCCGGAUGAGUGUUUACAUUCUGUUAGCCGUGAAACACACCUUUGUUCUCUGAAGCUUCGUUCACUGUGUUAAACUCUAAUCAAGCAGGUCGUCAUGGGGGAGGUGGAGCUGUCCUGUCGGGCGUAUGUGAAGAUGUUCCUCCACUCCAGCCUGUUCCCGAGGUGCAGCAUCAACGGGCUGCUGCUGUCGUCCGCGUCGGCAGGGGGCGCUGUGUGUGUGACGGACUGUGUCCCUCUGCUGCACUCACACCUGUCCCUGGCUCCCAUCACUCAGCUGGCCCUCACACAGGUGGAUGUUUGGUGUUCACAGACUCAGCAGAGGAUAGUAGGAUACUAUCAGGCCAACGCCUGCAUGUCAGACAGCAGCCCGACACCGUGCGCCAUGAAGGUCGCCGAUAAGAUCGCCGAGCAGUUUGACAACGCGGUUCUGUUGAUGCUUGACGGCAGCAAGUUGUCUCCAGAUUAUCGAGUUCCUCCCAUCGUGAUGUACGAACGCAAGGAUUCAAGAUGGACGCUUAAAGACAAACACACGAUAAUGCUGAGACAGUGGGAGGAGACUCGGGACAUCGCCAGCCAGAUGCUGGAGUCCGGAGAUCACUCGCUAUUGGUGGAUUUUGACAGCCACUUGGAUGACAUCACAAAGGACUGGACCAAUCAGAAACUCAACAACAAGAUAGCAGAGCUCGCCUCGCCGGCUAACGGCAGCAUGUAGAGCGGAGGACGAGACUCACUUUGUACUAGAGUCCAGAUUUAUUUAUGUUCUGACCCGACAUCAUCGUUAUCAUGCACAAAUAACUUUUAUAACCUCACACACACACACACACACACACACACAUACACAAAUGCACACACACACGCACACACAGAGAGAGAGAGAGAGCUCCACUAGAGUUAGGAAUAUAUUCACUUUAAUGCAUUGGUCAACUGAACAUGGACAUAACAUAGGACAUGCAUAAAUAACAAAUAUUUACAGUCUUGUAAAAUAAUGCAGUCUUCCUCCUCCCCCCUCUCCCUCCCCCUCCUCCCCCCCUGAGUGUGCCUUGUGGCUCAGCCCAACACCCUGUUCAUUUACAUUCAACUAAAACACCUUCAACACUAUAACAGCACACCUGUGGUACUUCUGGUUCUGUGUUUCUUUUGUUGUUGUGUUAUUGUUUUCAAUAUGUACACUCUCCAGAGACGGACAGACAAACACCUGAUAAUACAAAGUCCUGCAGUGAAGACGGGUUCGUUAAAAAGCUAACCCUGCUUUGUGUUUGGCAGGUCUCAUGUGAUUACAUGAUAGUUUGGUGGCAGAAGAUCAAACAUAAUCUCUUUUUAAUUUUCAGUGUUUUACUAAUAAACAAAAAAAAAAGAUUAAACAUAAUAGAACCUGAAACACUUAACAUUUCCCCUUCUCUAUUUCGCAUUUCUAUACAGUGAAUUAAUGUUAAAGGAAUGUUUCCAUUAAAUGGAGUUUCUACGGCACAGGAAGAGAGCCACAAAAAAACAACACAUUUGUGGGGCGAACAUUUUUUUCUCCUCUCAAAAUUCUGACAAAAAUUGCAGAAUCCUAAAUUGCAGAAUUCUGACCUAAAUUCAAGAAUUUUAAAUUCCAGAAUUCUGACAUAAAUUGAAGAAUUCCAAAUUCUGGAAAUCUGACAUAAAGUCAAUAAUUUUAAAUUCCAGAAUUCUGACCUAAAUUCAAGAAUUUUAAAUUCCAGGAUUCUGACAUAAAUUCAAGAAUUCUAAAUUCUGGAAAUGUGACAUAAAGUCAAUAAUUUUAAAUUCCAGAAUUCUGACCUAAAUUCAAGAAUUUUAAAUUCCAGGAUUCUGACAUAAAUUCAAGAAUUCUAAAUUUUGGAAAUCUGACAUAAAGUCAAUAAUUUUAAAUUCCAGAAUUCUGACAGAAAUUCAAGAAUUCCAAAUUCCGGAAAUCUGACAAAGUCAAUAAUUUUGAAUUCCAGAAUUCUGACCUAAAUUCAAGAAUUUUAAAUUCCAGAAUUCUGACAUAAAUUCAAGAAUUCCAAAUUCCAGAAUUCUGACAUAAACUGAUAAAUCCAAAAAUUCCAGAAUUCUGACAGAAAUCCAAAAAUUCAAAAUUCUUGAAUUCUGAGAUAAAGUCAAGAAUUCUGAAACACAAAAUCAGAUUCCCAAGAUUUUGAUCCAAAUUUUGACUUUAAACUCAAAAAAAAAAUAUUUUGUCUUCAAACUUCUGAGAUGAAAUUCUGAGAUUGAAGUCAGAUCACUCAGAUUGAAUUUGAUGUUCUGACAUUCAUCUCCGAAUUCAAUUUUUUUUCCCUCCAAAUUCAGAUAUUAAAAAUGGAAAUCUGACUUAAAAUUCAGAUUUCUUAAAAAGAAAAAAAGUCAUAAUAUUUACUUUUUCCCCCCGAAAGUGACGAGUCACACUCCUAAUUUUAAAAUCAGAAUACUUGCAGUUUUUUUUCUCUUCAAUUUUCUCAGAUUUAAGUCAGAAUUCGGAGGAAACAGAAUUUGACCUCAAAGGAUUUCUUUGUGUCUCUUUCUUUUUUCCGUGUCAUGCCGUUAGAAGUGUUUAUCAUUUUAUUACGAACAACAUUUA